AUGUCGGGGUCCAUCUUUGGGGCCCUUGCCUUCUCUUACCAUGAGCCUCGAGAAGGGUUUUGGGGCGAGAAGACGGUGACACUGAACUUCUGCGAGGAGGACUACGUUAUGAGCUACUAUUGUGCCGAGCUUUGCAAUACCGUUACGAACAUGCUCUUCAUCUGGCUUGGCCUAAAGGGAAUCCGGGAUUGUUUGAAAUACGGCCAUCCUGCGAUUUUUGUUGUGGCGUUCAUGGGUUACAUGCUAGUUGGAGCGGGCUCGACAUUUUUCCAUGCCACGCUCAAAUAUCCGAUGCAGCUCGUUGAUGAGCUUUCCAUGAUUUAUACGACUUGUCUCAUGUGUUAUGCGACAUUCUCCUACGGUAGAUCGCGCUUGUUUUCACUCCUACUUGGUGUUGGCCUCUCAGGCCUCUCAUGGUACAUCACGGCAAGAUACUACCAGACGAAAGAUGCCCAAUUUCAUCAGGACGCGUACGGUGUUCUGACGGCUGUGGUUGUCUUUUCCAACAUGUGGAUCAUAGAGAAGACUGUCCGGCCAGCCUUGAGGAGACGGCAGGAAGAACGGUCGCCCAGCUCGGGCGUGCCGCCGGCCGAUGCAAUUGUCAGGGAGAUGUGGAUCAUGGUUGCAACUGGUCUCACGGUGUUUUUGGGAGGAUUCCUGAUCUGGAAUCUCGACAACGUCUACUGCAACACAAUCCGUAGAUGGAGACAUGACAUUGGACUUCCCUGGGCAGUUGUCCUAGAGGGGCACGCUUGGUGGCAUCUGAUGACUGGGCUGGGAGGCCAAGCUGACACGAUGUCUAAAGCGUAUUACUACAUCACGUGGAGGGUCUGGAUACACCGUUGUUUGGAUGGCGACGAAGACAAAUACCGACUAAGCUGGCCUUCUGUCUUUUCCAUGCCCGACGUGGUUGCUGCGGCAGAUGUACCAGUCCAUGGAAAUGGAAAGAGGGCCGAUUGA